UUACACACGGAAUGGCACUUUAAAACUUAUGGCCAAACUGCGAAUCUGCACAAUUCAAAGUGAGCUGUUGGGAGUGAAAAUUGAAUAACAGUCAGCUGUGUAACUUCGACGGUUGAGCACGCGCACUCCACUCCGUUUAAUAUAAAAUCAACAGAUUCAUGUGUUGAUAAAAACUAAAAACAAAACUAUGAAACUCUAUAAAAGUUGGUGGUUGCCAGCAACAUGUACCAUCAUUUUAGUUGUAACAACUUAUGCAACAUCAACAGAGGCAGCUAAACAAAAACAAGCGGAAGUGAAUUUACAACAAGUUGCUGCUAUAGCAGCUCCUUCAAGAGCAUUAAAAUAUGGUGAUAAGACAACUAAAAAACUACCAAAUCAGGAAAUACAUUUGCUCCCCACAUCUCCUACCUUAGUAGAUAAAAACAUUUCCUCAAAACGGACACGUUCCAGAGUAGAACACAUAGAAUUGCCAACAAAUCGAGCAAAUGCACAAAUAUCCAGACGUUACGAGAGUGGAACACAACAAAAUCAAUUGAUUGUGGAACACGAUAUACCAAUUGUCCAUAAAAGUCAGGAAUUAUUUAAUAAGCCAAUAACCCCAACAACAGCGGGUCAACAACGGAAUGCAAUUUCCAAUCGAUCACGUUCUGCAAAUACUCUCACAAAAACUCAACAACAACUGCAACCCACACAAUAUUCCGCUUUAAAUGAUCAAAUCGACAAAAGUAUUAACAAUAUAAAAACAACAACAACAGUAACACACAAUAGUCGUCAACAUAAACCAACAACAACUUCACGUACCAUACCACAUAAAAAUAAUAACCAUCCCCCUUUAUCAUCACGUAAUGCAAAUGUUCAAACUCAUCAUUCAACGAGCAGCAGCAGCAACUCAACAUUUGUUAGUCAUCAUCGUGGCAACACAAACAAAAACAAUAACAACUUUAAUAGCAAGUCUCAACCAUUGUUAGCUUCUUCCAAUGCUGUUGCCAUUACUAGUGGUGAUGGUCUACAUUUAAAUAUUGAAACUAGUUCAAAACGACAAAAAGGUAAUGUACCAGAGAAUCAAAAUAUAAGUAAUGGCAAUAUUACGAGUAAUCGUUUAAAUAUUCGAAAGUUUACACCAACAUCCACGACAUCACCAUCAACAAUCACUAUCAUCUCACCAGCAUCUACAACAUCAACAACUACAACUACCACCCGACCACCAUUUCAAUUGCCCAAUAACUUUAAUAUCUUUACAUCAGAAUUUUGGCAAUUUUUAAAUCCCAACACUAGUCCAGCGCCAAGAAUUGGUACAACCACAAAAUCUACUUCGACAACCACAACAAGGAAACCGCCUAAAAAAUAUAAACCUCCUACGCAAAUAACAACCAAAGAGGAAAAACUUAGUCUGGUAAAACCAAAACAGACUGUAACUGCAAGAACCACUACUAGCACCAUAAAACCAGACUUGAAUAAUCAACAUAAUGAUCAUGCAGCGAAAAGAGAUGAUGGACCAUUUCGCAUUGCCUUACCCACAUUUAAUAUAUUAACAUCUAGACGUGAAACAUAUAAUGAAGAAGGUGAAAAAGAUAAAAGAAAUGCGGACAAGGAAGGUAAUUUGCGUGAACGUUUCGAUUGUCCACGCGAAAGUGAGGUACGUUUUCAGUUGUUUCCAAAAAUUUGCAAAAUAGAUGAGGAUUGUAAGGUGUGGAAUCGAGAGGAAAUAUGUUGCGAAAUUUUUGGAGCAAAAAGUUGUGUAUCGGGUAUACCGAAACCAUUGGAAGAAACAUCACAUGCACCUAUAUUGGGCGUCAUACCCCGAAAAUGUCCUAACAGACCUUUAGCGGAACUAUGGUGGGAAGUUAAGGAAUGUGAAACCGAUAUGGAUUGUUGGCCAAGAGUUUGUUGCCCUGAUGGUCGGAGACGUUAUUGUCGUACUUCACAACCCGAAUUGAACACAGUACCAGUACCGGUACAAAGAUCUUUUAAUUACUUAUCGGAGUAUUUGGAAUGUACACCACCUCCACCACCCAUCUUUGAUUUACACCCAAAAGCUUGUACUUCUACUUUAGAUUGUUUUCCUAAUGUCUGCUGCCAAGAAGCCGGUCUACGUCAUUGUAGACCACCCAAGAAAUCUGUUUUGACCAUGUUGGCUAAUGUUUUCAAUGUGGAUUUCGUUAAACGUCUUACCCAAAAUAUUGUCAUUAAGUAAAGUUUAACCAUAUUAUGGAAAUCACCAUAUAUUGUUGACAAGUAA